AUGUUACCAUCUGCAGGUUUUCAAAUUGAGGCAUUUUUAUUCAAUACUAAACCUCAUCACUGCAAUACUAGAGUUUCAGUGUGUCUGACCUGUGAAAGACCGGGCUUCCAUCCUGAGAUGUACUGCAAUAACGUCACCACGGGAGACUACUGCUUCACCAAAAUUGUGCAUAACUCAUCAGGAAUCUUUACGACAAAAGGAUCAGCCAGUUCUGCAUUCUGUGAUGCCAACAAAUACCAGGGCAGCCUAGCGAUUCCUGCCUGUAGGACCGGGAAUAUACAAGAAGGCACGGAAUGUGUGGACUGUUGUAAACAGUAUAACUGUGAUCCUCGCGACAAUUACUGCAACAAGCAUAUAAUACAGGAUAUCCAUACGCCAUUUACCGUGACAACACCUAAAACCACCCCUACUGUAAUAACCACGGCUCUCCCAACAACAGCAUCAACCACAACCACACCCCCAUCAACAUCAACUCCACAACGAGGAGGACUUUGCGAAGUGUGUGUUGAGGGAAAUGGACUAAGUUGUGGACCUGCGAGAAACCAUUAUUGUAGUAAAGGAGAAAAUUACUGUAUGAACACAGUAAUUUCAGAUCCAAGAGCUGGGAAAAUUGUUGUCAAAAAAUGUGCAGAUGAAGUGGAAUGCAAAUGGAACUAUUGGGUGGACACUCUCGGUGAUCCUAAAUGCAGCAAUGUGACAGGACCACAAGAAGACAACGCGUGUAACUACUGCUGUGAUAAUUCCGACGACAGGGUGCCGUGUAACCAGGAUCCAAUACCGAAGCAUCUCUCUACAUUCGAUAAACCCCAGGAAGUGAAGCAGUGUAUAACAGGAAAUUCAAAUAGUCAUUUUCAGUUGGAAAAUUGUCCCCCAACUUCAUCGUAUUGUCUGAACGAAGUAAGAUACGAUACAACCGCCAAACACCCAGAGACUCUCGUAAUCAAACGGUGUGCUUUGGAGGCAGAAUGUAAAGGGCUUUGGUGGGAAAAGACCAGAAAGCGACACGAAUGUCUGACCCAGAACUUCACCGGAAUAACGGAUCAAAACAUUGUCUGUACCUUCUGUUGUGUUUCUGAAAAUGGGGUGUGUAACGGGGCCUCGGUUCCAGACCAGAUUGCCCUUUUUACACCAGUGGCUACCACCA